GCUUCGGCAGCGGAGUUUAAGCUUCGUCCUAUCCCGAUCUUCAGCUAACUCCAACGUUUGCGGCCGAAAUUUCCAAAUAUCCCAAGAACCUCAUUGGGGAUUCGAUUAGGGUUUGUCGUGAAAGUAUGCCGCACCUCACCGAGUCCACACUGGUGCUGUCACCAGACUCAAGAUUCGCUUACUAUGAUUCUGGCCCUCCCCCUACAGAUGAACCGUACACAACCUACAUCUUUAUCCACGGAGCUUUAUUCAACCAUCGAAUAUGGAAACAAAUGGUCUCUUCCGUUCCCGCACACGCCCGAGCCCUAGCACACAGCACCAGAGGCUACAACGGCUCCUCCCCCUUCCCCAACCCAGACGCCUCCGAAUCGGAACUCCGGACUCUCAUCGGCCAAGACCUAGCAUCCAUCGUUGCUGGAUACAGCUCCCAGCUCUGCUUACUAUCGCACCCCAACUCAAAAAUAAAACUCCUCACGUGGUCCAUCGGCGUCUGCUCUCUUCUCUCAGCCUACAACCUCCUCGCUGAAGGCAAACUCGAACACGCCCAGGAGAAAGUACUCCACUCGCAUAUCAGCGAAAUAAUGGUCUUCGAGGGACCCUCAACUCUCGGCUUCGGGAUCCCGGCGUCAGCAGCCACAUUGGCGUUUCGAGCUGUAUUCGACUCUCUAUCGCCAGGUGAUAUGUUUGUUGCUGCAAUUCGACAAGUUACUGGCAUUUACGACUACUCGGAAGCGAUUUUAGAUGACGUGGUGAAGGGUGUGCCGACUAUGGAUGUGGUGUUCCAGCCACGGAGUUCGUUGGCCGAUGAUGAGGUGUUCAUGGAGAUUAUUUCCUCGAUUAUGGAUCCCGCGCCUUUGGGUAUUUAUAUUAAGGCGAGAACGCAGGAGAAUGACGAGGGGCUGGAGUGGUCGAGGAUGGCGUUGAAGGCUAUACUUGAUGCGCCUGGUGUGAAGGAGAUUAAAGUCCUAGCUACGAGGCAUACGGUUCCUGAUUGUCUUGAGGGGCCGGCAGUGCUGGUUGGGGAGUUGACGAGGUUGGAGGAGGCGCAGGUGAAGAAAAUGAGGUUGUGUUGGGUCGAGGGAGAGUAUAACCACUUCGUUCUUGUUCAGGCCCCAAAUGAAUUGUGGGAGGCGAUUAUGUCGUGAUGAGGAUUGUCAUGUGAGCAAAAUGCAAAGAUCUGCUUAGAAAUUUUAGAGGGUGGAUUGAG